AUACGAUUGUUUAAUCGUGAGUCGAGAUAAAACGUCAAGCAAUGGCAUUGUGUAGACGAAAUUGGUCCGUGAUCGCGAUGAAGACGAUCACGCGGGAUACAUGAUCGUUUUGAGUUCAGAGAAUUCCUUCAGUAUAGAGAAUUCGUCUGUCAAGUGUCGAAGAGAAGGAGAGUUGGCGCGAUCAGAAACCUAACUAACUUUCUAACUAAAUCCCUAACUUCGUUUGAGAAAGAAGAAUCGAUCAGGGAGGAUCGUCGAACGUAAACAGAGAGGCGCACGUUCCUCGCUAAUGGCAAGGAGAAAAUCGAGUUCCAUAGGUUUCGCAACUGACGAAGAUAGAAGGUAUUGGUCGUGAAACGAAUUUGCAGGAGAAAAAUUUGCUGAAGACGAAUAUGGAACAAUUUUAACGGAUAGAGUUACCUUGUCAAAGUAUUCGGAAUUUUGUUGUUGAAGAUUCUGUUCAGGUGUUGUUUCGUCGCAUAAGCUGUUGUUUCGAUUAAAUUAAGAAGGAAAUUGGAAAAUCGUCGAAGGAAUAAUAUGAGGAUGACAGAGGAAAAGGAUCUGAACGAAGUAUUGUGCGUGAAUAAUUUGGUGAAGGUAGUAAAUGGCAAUGAGAAGAACAACGGUAAUCCACUGGAAACGAAAGUGUACAAGAGACGAUGGCUGAUGUUGGGUUUGUUUAUUCUGUACACGGGAAUGAGCAACUUUCAGUGGAUUCAAUAUUCUAUAAUCAGCAACAUAGUUAGCAGGUACUAUGGCGUUUCUUCAUUGACUGUCGAUUGGACAGCAAUGACGUUCAUGGGCUAUUACGUGAUUUUCAUUUUUCCUGCUACAUAUAUGGUGGAUCGAGUUGGAUUUAGAUGGACUAACAUUAUAGGCUGCGGUGCUACCUGUCUUGGUUCGUGGAUCAAAGUUUUGUCCGUCAGUCCUGACAGAUUUUACGUCACCUUCAUUGGACAGUCUCUAGUUGCUUCUACACAGACGAUAAUUCUAACAUUACCUGGACGUCUGGCAGCGCAAUGGUUUGCCGCCAAUGAACUUUCCACGGCUACGUCAUUAAGCAUUUUUGGUACCCAGAUGGGGAUAGCCUUAAGUUUCUUAAUUACACCGAUAAUCGUGAAGAAUCAUGAAAAUCUUGACGAUAUUGGCACGGGCUUGUCGCACCUUUUCUGGACCGUAGCUAUCAUCAUGACGAUUGCGUUCAUAUUAGUUAUAACAUUAUUCGAGGACGAUCCAAAAUUACCGCCGAGCAAAACGCGGGCUCUACAAAAAUUAAAUCGAAUGGAACUUGAAGAAAAUAUCAUGCAACCCAUUAAGAGAUUGUUCAGAAACAAAAGUUAUUUGAUUCUCUGCAAUUCGUACGGUUUGAGCAUCGGUGUGUUGAACGUCGUAGGAACGUUACUAAAUCAAAUGUAUCUCGCACACUUCGAGCACGGUGAGGAAGACGCGGGUAAAAUCGGUUUGGCCAUGAUCAUUACAGGAAUGAUAGGUGCUGUCACUUUUGGAGUGAUUCUCGAUAAGACACAUAAAUACAAGGAAACAACCGUAAUCGUGUAUUUUCUCGCACUGUGUGGACAGCUAUUCUUUUCUACGUUCAUGUGGCUCGAAAUGAAAUGGAUGGUAUACCUAUCGGCUAUUUUUCUCGGGUACUUCCUAGUCGGUUACGUAGCCUUAGGAUACGAAAUGUGCGCGGAAUACACGUACCCAGAGUCCGAGGAGAUAACGGCGGGAAUUUUGAACGUGGCUAAUAACGUUUACGGAAUUGUUCUCAUUCUGAUAAUGGGCCGAUUGCUGGAAGUAUACGGGGAUAUUCCGGUGCACGUGGGGCUUUGUACGGCGCUGCUCGUCGGUUUCAUCAUGACCGUGUUGACGAAGGACGUGCAAAGGCGUCAGGAUGCCAGAAAGGGCGUGCAUUACAUAGGAGUUAAACAAAGUGAGAAAAACAACGAGUGCAAUGGACGCGAGAAAAAAAUAAUUGGAUCGUAAUGAUUUCUAACAUCGACAUAAAUUUACAUUUAAUCCUUUCCUGGAUUAUUCUCGUGUAAUAUGUAUAGUUCUGUUUUCGUACGUUUCUAUAUACAGACAAAGCCGAGACGUAGACGUGUCAAGAGAUGCUCGAGUGAGAUAUGUUUUGUGAAUAAAUGCGUGAUUGUACGGAAAUUUGAAGAGAAGAUAAGAUAAUAAACUAUAAUUAGCAAUUAUAAGUGACUGUAUCGAAAGAAAGCAGCAGUGAGUAAGGAGAUAAAAAUUUAAAUAAAUAAUAAUAAACACGAACGAAUGUAAUAUAGUAGUAGAUGUUCUUAAACUAAUUUAAUUCGUGUAUCGAAAUAAACUUCCGAUUAUAAACAAAAUUUAGGGUAUAUAGAAUAUUAAUUUAAAAUAGUUUGUACUAUAAAGUAAUUUAUUAUUGAUCCUGAUAAUAAAAAGCAACGGAGCGGUCUGAUAACACAAAUA